AUGGCGGAAUCGAAUGUCAACGACAAAAAGGUCGCAGCUCGCAACAGUAUACUAAACAGUCCCGAAAGUGCACUGGAGCCGCCUGUGAUAGGGCAGCGCCCAGGCUGUCCCCACGAGCGUCAGGUUGUGAAGGAAUACAGCGCUGGGUUAUGGAAUCCGCGCACAGGAGAUCCGCGCACAGGAGAUCCGCUCAGUCCAAUUUUGCUUAUUAUACAGAGUACCAUUGGGGCAGAUUUAAUAGCCCUUUCUAUUGUUGCCACGCUGUUCAUAUUUAUUACCUUUGCCGUUACGAACCACGCGUUGGAUGCGGCUAUCAUCUUCUCGUUCCUUACUCUCUUCAACUCCCUGCGCACUCCUCUGAACUGGCUCCCGGUAGCCAUCGGACAAGUGAUUAAUGCAUUAGCUUCUGUCCGACGUAUUAAGGAGUUUCUAAUAGCAGAGGAACAUGAAGAACAGGCUCCCUGGGACUUUAAUAUGUUCCCUGCGGUGGAAAUUCGGAACGCAAUUUUUACCUGGGAGCAAGGUAUGGGUACAAAAGAGAAGUCCGGGGCCUCUGUAUCCCCCUUAGCGUCACAGUCGGUUUUUCAACUUCAUGACUUAGACCUCACGGUCCCGUGUAAUGAGUUGCUGGAAGUCUUGGGCAACGUAGGCGCUGGCAAGACCUUACUGCUUGCGCGUUGGCCGGGGAGAUGCACCGCAGGAACAGUAUAA